CCACCCUGUAAACACCCUCAUCCUUUCGUGUGACCCUUUGUUGGAGGUUGAGCACUUCACUCUCAGCCGUCUCGGUGAGGCAAGGUUCAGACCGAGCUGGGUGGCAGCACGAGCGCAUCCUCUUCUUUGGCUUCUUCUGGACCAGCCACACCAACACUGGCCACUGUCUGUGGUCUGGCCCCCUUCGUCCAACAAGAGAAGAAAAUCCUUGAGGACCGGCCACAGUCUCGCCAGGUUGAAGACAUGUCAACAAUUGGGGAUUUUGAAGGAUUCCAGCCUGUGUCUCUGAAGCAAGAGGGAGAUGACCAGCCCUCAGAGACUGACCCGUUGUCCACGGAGGAGGGAAGCUCAGGCAAGGACCCAUCGCCAAGGCAGAUUUCAAGGCUGUCGAGUGUGACGGAGUCGGCACUUUACCCCAAUCCCUAUCACCAGCAUUAUAUCGCACGGAAGUACUUCGUUACACGGCCAGGGGCCAUUGAGACCGCCAUGGAAGACUUGAAAGGCCACGUUGACAAGACUUCUGGAGAGACUAUUCAAGGCUUCUGGCUCUUGACAGAGAUAGACCACUGGAACAAUGAGAAGGAGAGGAUUUUGCUGGUCACAGACAAGACUCUCUUGAUCUGCAAAUAUGACUUCAUCAUGCUUAGCUGUGUGCAGUUGCAAAGGAUUCCCCUGAGUGCUGUCUAUCGCAUCUGCCUGGGCAAGUUUUCCUUCCCUGGGAUGUCCCUGGACAAGAGACCAGGAGAAGGACUUAGGAUCUACUGGGGGAGACCUGAGCAGCAGUCGCUAUUAUCCCGCUGGAACCCAUGGUCCACUGAGGUGCCUUAUGCUACCUUCACUGAGCACCCUAUGAAAUACACCAGUGAAAGGCUUCUUGAAAUUUGCAAGUUAUCUGGUUUCACGUCUAAGCUUGUUCCAGCUAUCCAGAAUGCGCACAAGGAUUCCACUGGAUCUGGAAGAGGAAAGGGAUUGAUGGUGAUAACUGAACCCAUUUUGAUUGAGACCUACACGGGACUGAUGUCAUUCAUUGGAAACCGCAACAAGCUUGGCUAUUCCCUUGCCCGUGGGAGUAUUGGUUUUUGACACUUUUUUUGGUGGAUAAGUACAUCACCCACAGACAUGCCAUUAUUGAAGAUUCUGUUUCAGUCCAUCAUAUUUUUGGACCGAAACAAUUAAUUACUUUUAAAUAGUAUUACAUGAUAUUGAAUAUUUAGAACCUUAGGAAAUCUAAAAGCUUGAUUAGACUGAUAGAUGCAUGCUUCAGAUCUCAUUAAGAAUAAUGAAAUUUCCUAAAACCAGAAAAUAAGUUCUAAGCCCAUCAAAUAAUAUCAAAUUAAUAUCUGAUCAUAAACUUAGGGCAGACCCUCUGGGUUUUUGUUCCUCUGUCUUCUAAAUGUAGGCAUAUUCUGGGUUUUGAUCUUCAGCCCUCUGAUUCCAAUCUUCUCUCUCAUUAGGGUCUCAAUCUGUAUUAUUUUAGCUAUCUUUUUUAUGAAGGUGACUUCCAAAUCCAUAUUCCCAUCCCCACUAUUUCUUCAAGAUUCAGUUUUGCAUUUGUCUGUUGAUCAUAUAUCUAUAUCAGUGUUCUGAUGACCAGUUACAUUCAAUAUCUUUAAAAUCCUAGUUCUCUCUGUAGUGUUUUUAUGGUCCGUCAUCAUCUCUAAAAUCCAUCAGUUUUGAUGUCUUUAAAUUCCUUGCCAAAUGCGUUUGAUACAGUAGCUGUUUAGUCUCUUUGGGUUGCUAUAACAAAAUGCCAUAGACGCGAUGGCCUUCAUAACCAAAUUACCCAAAGGCCCCCCAACUCUUAAUACCAUCAUAUUGGGUUUUAGGAUUUCAACAUGUAAGUUUUGAGGGGACACAAACAUUCAGACCAUAGAAGUACCACUGUCUGUGACUUAGCAUUGUACCCAAUGCCCAGAUGUCAAACUUAAAAGUUCAUUUUUCUUUCAAAAUUGUUCACAUAUUUCUUCUCCUUUCCAUUCUCACAGGUAUACUAUUAGAUCAUGUUUCAAAUUCUAUUUACUUGGAUAAUUGCUGUAGAUUUUUAAUUGGCAUCUUUGCUCUAAAGCUGACCCUUUUAUAAUCCAUUUUGCACUUGGUUGCCAGAUUCCUAAAGCACAAUUUGAUUGUCUCAUUCCCUUCUCAAGAACCUUUGAUGGCUCAUUGCCUGCUACAGAUUUUUUUUUAAUCUCACACAUUUUGCUUUGUCAAUAGCAGAUUUUCCUUCUAAUAAAAUGUUUCGUAUGCCCGAUAUGAAAAACAGAAAUAGGGCCACUAUGAUUGAAACAGAGUUGGAAAUGCCAUUGACUUCCUCUUUUUUGGGGUCUCAGAAGUGUCCCCUGUGGGAUGUCUCUGGAUCCAGAAGGUUUUAAGGAGAUGUUUCCAAAAACACUGUCCUAACUCACUGUUUCCAUUUUCCUCUCUCUCGCAUUUCCUCUUUGUCUCUCCUUGACUUUGUCUAAUAUUGAACAACUCAGGAGAUUACUUCACCUGUUUUCAUCUCUUCAAGUUUUUCUUUUUCAAUUUCAUCUAUUUUUAAUUUAUUUUGAAAAGAAGCUUUUAAUGUUGAACACCAUAAACAUGAUUAUAAUCAAGGUUUUGCCUGUCCCUAGACCCAAAGUUGAGACACCUUGGCUGGAAUUCAAGUUAAAACAUUCCAGCUGAUUUUUUUUUUUUCUUGCUGGGGGGAGCUUAUGUGAAGUCUAUUUUUAAAGUCUUUUCUUCAAAAUGCUUACUUCCUCAGUUUCAAAGAUUUGUUCUCUGAUAUUUUACAAACAUCAAGUUGAUGGAGGUAUUCAAAUCUUUGGAUAACCCUCA